AUGUCCACAAUCCUCCACUACACAUCCAACCUAGGUUUCCUCCUGCACAUCAUCUUCGAACUCCCCGCAUGUAUACAAUUCUUCAUGUUACCCUCACGACAAUUAGGAAUCUACACUCCACAUGCACAUGCACUUAUGCGACAAUACGCCGUUUUACUCUUUUCAUCCGUUCUGAUCGCCGGUAUCUUUGUCACUCGUCCACCCAGUGAAGUCUCUGCUCAAUGUGCGGGUGCUUUGGCGACAUAUCACGUGGCGCCGGCAUUACGAUCUAUUGCUAGAUUACAGAGGCAGAUACAGUCGAAACAGGCGGUUUUGAUUUCAGAGGCUAUGCUGUUUCUCGUGGUUCAUUCGGUCUGUGGAGUGUUCUUAUUCGAUCAUAUCUGGACCGCUAUACAAGUUCCAUAG